GUAGCGACACGUGGAUUCGAUAAAACUUCGAUGGAGGAGAUAUAAGUAAUUAUAUAACUGUUGUUUAACCACACGAUAAGGUCGUGAGAAGAUGGGUGGGUACCUGAAGGUAGCAGAUGCAGUCCAGCGCCAAGCAAAGUGUGACGAUAUGCAAAGUGAAGGCGGAAUCCCUGUGACCAGUGAUUGUCAACACUCGCGCUCACUGCAAAAAUCUAGCCGCCCGUCGUGUGCUAGCACAUUGUUCGAUGACUCGUUUUUAUAUUUGUUUUCGCUGCAACCCAAACACACAGCGCUUCAGUCAUUACGAAAACAACUCGACCAAAGCAUUCGACCCCCAACUGCGCAUUCGAGCUGAAACGAGAACAUGGCACCCUCGCCCACCCAUCUGGGCACAAGGAUGAUGCGUAGUCUGUUGACGCGCGGCGACGAGGAUAAAGUACCUGCCGAGCUCAAAGGAGCGCUCUCGCUACUACAACUGUCGGAUCUUGAAGGACUCGAGGAGCGCUUUCUCGCUAAUGAUGCGUUUCUCAAGCCAUGGGCCGUGUUUCGCGAUUCUCUCUUUGUUGUGAAGCCUGGUGCAAUUACUGCCGCGACUGCAGUUGCUACAAGUGAUGGCGAUAGAGGAGGUAUUUCGCGUACGGACUUGCUGUGGUUUUAUACACAAUUCGACCAAAACACAUAUCGCCACGAUCCCAAUGUGGAUACCAACAGUGUAUCCUGUGCUAUCGACAAGCGAGACUGGCGUGUUGAGGAGUAUGAGAAGCACCUCUUCGCGUGGCUGCUGCAGACGUUCAAAGUCGGCAAAGCGCACAACCCGUGGGGAUUCGAUUACUUUCAACUUCGAAACAUUUGCACUGCUUGGCAAGCAGUGUUUGUACCCAUUGUGGAUGCAAUCCGUGCAUCAUACAGUAUCAAGGGUCGCCGACACUAUGGGCGCCUCGCGCUCUUCGUCGAGGAGAGAUGCCCCUCUGGUCUUGCCUUCCCCAAAGAAAACGUCAACAUCCCCCCUGACAAUCUAAUAUCUUCAACUUCUUGUCGCGUCUUACUCAUGCCAAAGGACAGUAAGGAAUCAGGUGUGCUGACACGAAAGCAUUACGACGAGACUGAGAGGGAACUUCGUUCUGUCUAUCCCCAGUACGGUGGCUUAGUUGAACGUCCACGGUUCAAACAAAAGAUGGAGGUGUGGCUAGAGGAACAACGAGCGAGGGCAAACCUGAGAAAGGCUGUUGAGCGGACUAAUGAAGCCAAGCGUAUUCAAUUUAGUGUUGUCAGGCGCGAUGAGCGUCGAACUCCGGUGAAGAAGAUACUCUCAGGCAAGCACGAUAUGGAUCCAGAGAAAGAGUGUGGUGCCAGUCCAAUCAAGCGCUACUCGAACAGCUUACGACGCUCACUAUCCCGCAGUGUGUCUAAGCAGAUGCCAAGGGAGGAGCCGAAGAGUCCGUUGCAUGGAGUCAUACGUCAGCUCUUUAUACCUGAUGAUCCGCCGUCGCCUGACCUACUGAAUGGGCAAACCCUCUCGACAACCGAACGAAAUUUGAGCAAUGCUUCAACACGUUCAUCCAAUACGACUAUCGUUACGCCUUGGCCUCGUAUGGACACACAGCGCAAGCCAUCUGAGCAAAGCGUCUACGAUUCAGUCCGCGUGUCCAGUUCAUUCAACCCUUCGAAUGGGACACAGAAUCUACAAGCACACGCAAAAACUAAUGGACCGGAUUCAUUGCCCGAGGAUCAGAUCACUGCCCUUCUGCACCCUUUGUACCGAAGUAGGAGCACGCAACGUGAGCAGCAAGAUGCAUGCACCCCAGCUAGCGACCAAAAGUCAUAUGCGGAGUUACAAAUUCCAAGCAAUAAUGGUAGCGAGUGGGAGAAGAAUCUAUCGUUGAGGAACUUAGAAGCAGUCAAAAAAAAUACUGGUCGGACCCUAGAGCCGAAGCGGACCGCAAAACCACCCACCCGCUUGCCCGGACCAAUCAAGCCUACUCCAUAUACUGGCCACCUGCGGGUCUCUUCAGAAAACAACAACCGUACCGUACUGCCCAAGUCCUCUGGGGGACCCGAUACAAAUCUUCCACAGCCAGUCGCGUGGCCGGGUACGGAUAACUCAGAAGAGGGUAUUUUGCCACCACCAUCCAAACCAAUGCGCAGUGACCAGGAUGCAGUGACCAAUUCCGGACUUACUGUGCUGCAAACGUUCAACACACACAUGUUCCCGCGCAAAGAAAAUCGAAAGGGUACCCCAGUGGGAGCAUGGGUCGGUGCGCCGAAAACCAGAAACGUAACUGGCGAGUUUUACUAG